UACAUAGCAAGAGGAUUUGCCCUGGCGUGUGAAGAUGAAGGAUCAAGACCCACAUGGUCCAGGUGGAAAGAAGAGAGCUGGGAACAGCCCCGAUGCCGUCCAAGCUGGGACUUUGUGGGAAAGAUCCGUGCACAAGAUCCUGGGGGUGGACGUGGCCAGCUCGGAGGAGAAACGCCAGCGCUUUCGGCAGUUCCUCUCCCGGGAGGCUGAGCGGCCCCGAGCAUUUUGCAGCCGGCUCCAUCACAUCGGCUGUCGAUGGCUGAAGCCGGAGCAGCACACCAAAAAACAGAUCUUGGACCUGGUGAUUCUGGAGCUCUUUCUGAUUGGCUUGCCCCCGGAGCUGGGUAGCUGGGUCAGAGAGUGUGGAGCGGAGUCCAGUUCCCAGGCGGUGGCCCUGGCAGAAGGCUUCCUCCUGAGCCAGGCAGAGGAUGAGAAGCAGGCAGAGAAGCAGGUGGUUGUUAAUAUCCCAGAGGCGCAAAGGGCUCCGUUGGACGUGAAUCAGAAGCUCCACAUCCGGGAGGGGACACAGGAGCGAGACGGAAGGACCACGUUGUUGGGAACUGGAACAAAAUCCCUGGAACAUUCAGGACCAUCUCCUCUUCGUGGUGGACUGGAAGCAACAGUAACACAGCCUACUGCAGGUCUGGUGUCCUUCAAAGAGGUGGCUGUGUGUUUCGCAGAGGAGGAAUGGGCUCUGCUGGAUCCAGGCCAAAGGGCUCUGUACAAGGAAGUCAUGAUGGAGAAUUAUGGGACUGUGGCCUCUCUGGACCUAUCUGUGGUACCCAAACCGGACCUCAUCUGUUGGUUGGAAGAAAUAGACAUUCUUUUUGUGGAAGAUCCGAUUAUCCACAGCUUCUCAGAAGGGGAGAAUUCAGCAGGAAAUGUGCAGGACAGUGAGAACAAUGUUGAGCCAUCUCAGGCUGCAAUGGAAAGAGAUGUGUCUCAAAGCAAGAGAAAGAGAAGAAAAACUGGUGGGAAAGUAUCCAGCACUUGUCAGGAUAAUACAUUUCAUAAAACCAUAAGCUCAGUAGGACCAUUAGAAAGUGAAAGCUUUCACCAAAAAUCAAACCUUAAUAAACAUCAGAGAAUUCAAACUUCAGAGAAAUGCUACCCCUGUCUUGACUGUGCAAAGAGCUUUGGUGAUAAAUCAGCCUUAAAGAGACACCAAAGAACUCACGCAGGGGAGACACCAUAUACUUGUUUGGAGUGUGGAAAGAACUUCAGUGAGAAUGCAAGCCUUAUCGGACAUCAAAGAACUCACACGGGGGAGAAACCAUAUCCAUGCCUCGUGUGUGGCAGGAGCUUCAGUGAGAGUGGAAGUCUUAUUAGACAUCAAAGAACUCAUACAGGGGAGAAACCAUAUAUGUGCUUGGUGUGUGGAAAGACCUUCAACAUGAAAACACACCUUACUUCACAUCAAAGAAUGCACACAGGGGAAGAACCAUAUGAGUGUUUCGAGUGUGGAAAGAGCUUCAGAGAUGCUUCAAACCUUACUAGACAUCAGAGAAUUCACACAGGAGAGAAACCAUAUACAUGCUUGGUGUGUGGAAAGAGAUUCAGUCAGAGUUCACAUCUCACUUUCCAUCAAAGAACUCACACAGGGGAAAAGCCAUAUAAAUGCUUUGAGUGUGGAAAUUGCUUCAAUCGGCGUGCACAUCUUCAUAGACAUCAGAGAAUUCACACAGGGGAGAAACCGUCUUAAUGCUUGGAGUGUGGCAAUUCACAUACAUCAGAGAAUUUACAAAAAGUAUUUUAAUGCAUUUGCAUUCAGUGAUCCCCAGAAUUCCAUAUUCAGUAUGUGGGUAAAACAACAGUUGACCUAUGCACAUCUUUUAGGAAUGAUAAAACAGCAAUCUUGAUGAAAAAAUGGGAACAACCAAUUGCAAGGUCCUUCUAUUCAGAUAAUCAAAGCUUUUCUGUUUUCUCAAUUAUUGCAUAUAGCAAUGCCAUCUGAUCCAAGGACAUUGGAAAGAAAAGAAAACAUCUGGAUAUAUAAUCUUGACAACUUAACACCUGACAUCGCUCAUAUGCAACAAAUGCCACAUUUCUGAAUAUUCCAUCCUUGGUGUUUCAUUAUUGCCACCUUUGCUUACAGUACCCUUUGAUUCACAUCGGAGGGAGCUAAAAGAUUUUGAUUUAAAACCUUAAUAUUUUUGUUCAUGUUAGUCAAGGUAAAAUUAAAUAUC